UUGGUUGAAAUCAGCAGUAUCGUUUGAAAGUGCCCGAUUGUGAAUGGGCCGUUCAUCUUUUGUGAGUCUCUCGCCGAUACGAGACACAUCUCCACACAGAGAUGGAGAUACUUCACGUUUUACACGUUUUCGUCCGAUCACUGAUGUUUCUGCUGCUGUGGUCAAAGUGUGAAGGAAGAGAGUCGGAGCUGAACACCGUGACCUGCGGCUCUCUGCUCAAACUGCUCAACACCAGACACAACGUCCGUCUGCAUUCCCACGAUGUCAAAUAUGGCUCAGGCAGUGGACAGCAAUCUGUAACUGGAGUUGAGAUUGCGGAUGAUGCCAACAGUUAUUGGCAGAUUCGUGGAAAGCCCAACCGCCCCUGUCAGCGGGGGGAGGCCAUCAAGUGUGGUCAGGGCAUCCGCAUCACACACAUGAAGACUGGGCGAAACCUCCACACACACCACUUCAGCUCACCCCUGUCUAAUAACCAGGAGGUCAGCGCUUUUGGAGAGAACGGCGAGGGAGACAAUCUGGACGUGUGGGCGGUCCAGUGUGAUGGCAUCCACUGGGAGCGCGAGGAGGAUGUGCGCUUCAAACACGUGGGCACCGACGUCUUCCUGAGUGUGACCGGGGAGCAGUACGGCCACCCCAUCCGCGGCCAGAGGGAGGUGCACGGCAUGAGUUCUGCUAACCAGAACAACUGGUGGCGCUCCAUGGAGGGCGUCUUCCUGCAGCCCAGCCAGAUGCCGCUGCGCCACGACGAGCUGUGAGCCACCGGCAUGACGACGAACAUAGGAGCUUCAGGAAAGUGGAAGGUUAAUAGCUUUCCUGGACCAAACCACAUCAUGUUUGAAUAAUGUUGAAUUUGACUGAUGAAUCAUCUCUGUUCAUGUAAAGCACUCGGGGUGGUCAUAGGCCAUAGAAUUAAGAUUUCACAACAGUUUAAAGAAGAUCGAUGUAAUGUAUGUACUAGUGGAGCCAUAUGGACUAUAUCAGUUUCUUCCCAAGUACAUUUCUUAAGGGAGAAAACACAAAAAGGCUGAAUUACCAGCUAGGCACAGUAACCACUAACUGAAAGACCCACAAUCACUGUUUACUGUACACAUCUGAAAAACUAUAUCAAUUGAAAUGUUGAAAGGGCCCUGUGCCAAAUAAAACCUUCGUUUUAGUGCAAAUGUUGCCCGUGUGAUUUAAAAAAUGGUUUAUCAAUCAUUGGCUGGUGUUUCUCUUGGUUCUGGAACACCUUUUGAUGUUAAGCUCAUGUUCAUGUUUAAUUUGUGAUCUUGUAAACAUUUUUAAAUAGUGGGGAUGUUUUCAGAAAUAAUGAGUUGAAUGUCUUUUAUUUAUCAGUAGUUGGUGGGAAAACAGCCCACUUUCACCCCCAAGUCAUGCGGCAGACAAUCUGCCUCUGUUAGAGUUCUAUAAUUCCCUUUUGCGUGUUUGUGACAGGUGAGUGGCUUGGCAGUGUGACCACAUCAGAGUGGCCACACUGCCAUCUUCUCUUCACCUUCAUGUAUUCAUGCGGGGGAUCCUAUGUUAAGAAUCAAACAUUUGCACACUGUAUGUAUGAAAUAUAAAGGUCUACUUCAAAAAUGAAAUUAUUUGCGUAAGAUACUUUUUUUAAACAAAGUCAAUGGUGCUGUUGGACUUUGUAGUCCCUUAAACAAUCUCAUAAACACAAAUCCUAACAUCCCCAUAACACAGCAUGAUAACGUUCAUUAGAGUUUGGUAAAUGGUAACUUGUUUCAAGCAUUGCGCCCAGUUUGUAAUGCAUGCUCUCUGCAAAUGGGUCAAAAUGUCAAAGCUUCUGCAGACAACAGGAGGCAGUAUGCUCUUUUCACAGGCAUAGUAGUAUUCAAUGUAACAAGUUCAAUUACCUUUGUUUUUAAAACCCUUUAAUUGAAAGAAACGUCAUAUAUUUUGGGCUUAGGUUUGUCUGCGAUGUACAGGGUGCAUUUUCCUAAACAAUUCAUCUGUAUUCCAGCAAGAGACAUUUGUUUUAGUAAUCUUAUAUCCAAUUCUGAAAUAAAGGCUAACAAGUGUU